GCAUUUUGCCAUGGGGAAUGCACGAGACGGCAACAACAGCCAUCCACGCUCCAGGCCUGAGGGUGUUCCGGUGGCCAUCUUCAAGAAUGCCCAGGUGAAGGAGCAUGUCCGGCAGUGCAAGAAAGGGCCCGCGUCGUGCGGACUAUGCGCUUGGGCCACUGCACCCUGGCGAACCAAAGCAAAUGCUGGGCGGUUGAAGCUGGCCUACACGGCAACGCGUCGAGCUCGAGUGGGCUGCAGCGUCUGUUGCAAGGCGAGGUUUUCAGGGCCCUGGGCAAAUUUUGAGAUGAAACCAAGAGCUUUGAGAUGGCAGUUUGUCAACAGACAUGCGACUUCGAAAGGGCACCUGCAGGCAGCAGAGUCUUCCAAGCACAAGAAAGGACUUCUGUGCGCGCCCACGGCCUCGGAAUUCCGAGAAGCUUUGAUGAGUAUGUGGCGCGGUGGUUCCGCCCGACAGAACGGUGUCGCCUCGGAUAAGAAGUCCCGAAUGCGGUAUUGUAUCGCGGAGGCUGUGCUGAUGGAAGCGCGUGCAUUCCUUUCAGAAGCAGCCUCGAUAGCAUUGCUCUGCGAUGAAAGGAAGGGCAGGCUGCUGCUUCGUUUCAGGGCUUCGCAAGCCAACCUCCAGACCUUGAGUGGAGUGAUCGGCUACCUUCCCGUCGAUGGCACAGCGGAGGGUGUUUCCGAGGGGACGCAGAGAGCCAUUCGGACUUUUUGCCAACCUUUCACUGAGCUGCCCCGCAGUUCAGCAAUCGACACUCCGCCUCGUGACAGCAGCUGUGAGUGCAGAAUCCGCCAGAAGACGAAUAUCCUUGUAACAGACGCCGCCCCGUCUGAACUUUUGGCGUCAGAGCAACUCAGGGGACGGCGUGCCAUUGCAACUGAGGGUGAUGUCGUUGAGCCUGCAUUGCCGGGCGUCCGCCUGGUAGGCAGAGAUGCAGCUCAUGCCACCACAAGGCUUCUCAAAAAGCCGUUUGAAAAUCACCCCGAGAUCCGCCAGGUCAUGACAGAGUUCAUCACGGGGAAGCACUCCUUUGCCCAGAAGAUUCAGAACUCCCCUCUUCUAGCGCAGUGGUGGCAAGAGAAGGUGCGAUUGCAUGCCGACCAAGACGGCAACAACGAUGAGAAUCUUGGUUUUGCCGAGGCCUGUGGCAGAGCUGCCGCUGCAUCAAUUUCCGCUGCCAAGCACCGCUUCGGCAGUUACGCGCGACCCCUGGUAAGGAUCGUACGCAACCUGAAAGCCAUGGUGGCCUUGCUCCAUAAGGUUGCCGCGAUGCGUGGUAGUGGCGACGACGACGACAACGGCUGGGCUUUUAGAAUCCUUCAAGGCCUUACAGCUCGAAAGCUUCUGUUACUUGCCCUCGCAGCAGAUGCGGCAACAACGGUUCUGGACUUCACACGCUUUGCGGACGACGAGUCUGUCGACAUUGCAGAGCUCAACUCGCGAGCAGGCUUCUUUGUGCGCCAAGUGCAUGCACAGUUCAUUGACGGCCAAGUCUGGACAUUGCCCACGUGUGCUAAGACUUGCGUGGAGGUUUUGACAGGAUCGGCCAUUGUCGUCAUGCAUGGUGGCACUGCCCGAAAGCUCCGAUUGACGUCGGCUUGUCGCACAUGGGCUCUUGACGUCUUGAAGGAUUGGACAUCUGCUACGGAGGCAGUGCUCAAAGCUGAGUUCCCUUCUUGGCAUCUCUUUGCCUGCUUCGAGUGCUUCAACCUGCAGGGUGUCAACGCUCGCCUGCAAUUGCGAUCAGCUGCAGUGAAGCAGCAUCUGGCCAAGUUGAGUCAGGCAUUCGGGGUGAAUGCAAGUGACCUUGAGAGCGAGUACUCCAACCUGUUGCCCAUCGCUUGCGGGUUGAUGGAGCAAAGCAGUCUCGACAACAGGUCCGCAUGGCGGCAAGCUUUAGAGCGAACACAGGGCAAGAAGGCCUACCAGGUGACAGCCUUGCGGACCGUCCUGGCAGCGUAUGUCGCCUGGAGUUGCUCGACUAGUGGGGUGGAGCAGUCUUUUUCCGUUCUGAAAAGAAGCCCUGCGGAACUGGCCAGCGCUCGCAUUGACACUGACCGACGGCUCGCUACAGUGAUGGGCUGUCGCGACCUCCACAAGAAUCCUGCACGACAGGAUGCCUUGGUUGAAUCAGCCCGCCGCAUCUACGCUUCGACGACUCAGUCACAGAAGCCAGCAAGAAAGAUCACGAAGAUUCGCUUUGACAAGGGUGUCGCAAAGAAGAUUUCAGAGGGCUCCGAGGCGGAAUGGCUGAGAAAGAGGUCGGCUGCCGUCCAGGAGGCGGCCGAUGGCCUGGCCACCCCGGCAAAGCGCACCAAACGUGAGCUGCCAGAGAGUCUGGAAAAGGAAGUGAAUCGGCAACGUCAGCUGGCAAAGGUACGCAAAGCGGAUGCCUACUUGGAUGGGUAUUUGCUGCCAUCAGAAGUGACUUGCACGAUGGCUGCCGACGUCAAAGACCGACUCCAGAAAAAUGCCGCCAAUGACCGCAAGCGAGCCUCGGAGAUGACCCAGAAAACAGCAUUGCUUGGCAUGGCAACCGUCACCAAGUCACAUGAUUGGGCACUUCAAGGCCUGCCACCAGGUCCGGCGCUGCUUGGGCGGGACAACACCACAUGGAAGUUUCAGCUGGCUGCAUUGGGGGUGGAUGCGUUCACCGAGGACUUGAGACAAGCCAACCUGAUCCUUGUCGACGACUCCACAAACAUUCCGCGGAAGCAGCAGGUCUUGGCUGCAUUGAGGGGGGGUGUUCUUCUGUCCGCGUCCAUCCUGGACGGAAAACUGGGUUUCCGGAUGCAGUACCGCCGAGCAUUGGAUGACGCUGUUGCUGUGCACAUGACGGACAAGUUCAAGAAGGAGCAUGUUAGCCUGAGUAUGUGUGUUCAGUAUGCCUGCUCGAAUGGAUGGUGUGAAGUGACUUUAAGGGGGCUCGUGUCCAGAGGAUGUGAUGCGGUUUUACUUUUGAUGGCCGGGAAGGAGAAAAAGCCUGAUAACCUGGCCAACCGCACCACAUGCUUGGAUGCAAAGGGGUUUGUGCGGUGGCUUGCAGAGAAGUAUGUGAAGCCUACGCAAAGCGCUCGCAUCUUAGCUGGCAAUCCUGACCGGCCUGCCAUGGCAUUGAAACGCAAGUUUGAGAUGACGAAGAAGUCCACUGCGACUCCGAAGACACAGAAGCAGUCCACUGCGAGUCCGAAGAAGCAGCGUUUUGCUCGGCAAGCUGCUAAGAGAAUCUCGGCGGGUCCGUCGAUUGGCAGCGACGACUCCAAGAGAAUCUCGGCGGGUCCGUCGAUUGGCAGCGACGACUCCAAGAUUUCUUCGAGAGCAUUGACAUUGAAAGAAAGGAUCCACACCAUGAAAAAGGAGAUCGUGAAGCUUGCAAAUACAUGGAGCCAGCGCCUUCCUCGUCACAGCGAGACUUUGGCGAAAGGCCACAAGAUCCGAAUCGGGGCCGAUUGUGCCGGCUACGGAAGCGAGCUCAUUGCUUUCACGCAAUUGGGUCUUCGUGAGUCCGUCGAGGUGACCAUGCUUUCCGAGAAGGACAAGACAAAACAGAUCUUGCACGCUGCAGUGGCCAAAGCGUGCAGUAUUUCCGUGAAGAAGGCGAGCUUGUAUGCCGACAUCAUGCAGAGAGAGGACAUGGAAGCACCAGCCUGUGAUGUGUUCACAGCUGGCUACCCGUGCCCCAGUUGGUCAAAAGCCGGCCUGAAGGCCGGGCUGAAUGAUGAGCGCGGGCUCGUGCUGCUGAAAGGCCUACAGUACCUGGCGGCCAAACGGCCUAGAACGGCGAUUCUAGAGCAGGUGCCCGGAAUUCUUGAGGACAAACACAAGAAGAUGUGGGGGUUCCUCCUGAAAGUCUUGGAGUCAUUGAAUUACUGCACCGCAUGGGGGAUCCUCAACACGAUGGAGCACGGGCUUCCACAGCGACGCAGAAGGGUUUAUGUCAUGGCCAUUGCGCGGGAGUGUGUCAAAGAUCCAAAGAUGGUGCGCUUGCCUGCGAAGCGGACGGACGACUUGCCUCCUUUAAA